AUGUCCGGUAUUCAAGAACCCGCCUUCACCUCCCAGGUCACCGAAUGGUUGAGCGACAAGGACAACGUUCCUGUUCUGGACGAUCUUCAGAAAGACAUCGCCGUCCGUCAAUCAGAAAUCAUCGCCUACCUCGCCUCCCAGAAACACCUUCGACCUCGCUUGGAGAAGAUUCCCGGGUUCUGGCCUUGGACUUUGAGCAGGAGUGCGACCUUUGCCAGGGCCUGUACGAGCGAGAAGGAUUGGGAUUGUUUGAGUUAUUUGAAGGAUAUGGAGUUUGUCGUGGAUCCUAGGGAUUAUAGGGCGUUUGAUGUUGUUUUCCACUUCGCCGAGAACCCCUACUUUACCAACCCCUCCCUGACCAAAUCCUACGUCGCCACCUCCGGCCCCACCCGUGGCCUGACCGCCUCUGAACUCAUCGGACGGGCUCGUCCUUCCGACCUCUCCACUAUCCCUGACGAUAUUGGCGAGAAGAUCGAGGAAAAGCACACGGUGGUCAAGGCCCCGGAGGGGGAGGAAUGGGACGUCAAGAAGGUCCAGGAGGAGACGGGGGAGGAGGUCAAGUUGGCCAACACUUUCUUUGACGAGAUGGACGAUCUUUUCGGGCUGUCGACCGAGAUCAAGUGGAAGUCGGACGAGAUGAACCUCUGCAAGUUGUUCCCCAGGGACGAACCUGACGCCGAAGACGAGAACGAUUUCGAUGCCGGCGACCGAGGCUCGUUCUUCCACUUCUUCACCGAACAGGUCGAUGCGGAUGGGUUGGCGAGCAUGUUGUGGCAAGACAUUUUGCCCAACUGUGUGGCUUAUUUCGAGGGUAACGGCGCGGACAACGAAUCCGACGCCGACGACUCGAUGGACGAGGAGGAUAUGGAGGACGACAUGUUGGGCGAGAUCGACUUGGUCAGCGAGUCUGACGAGGAUGAGUUGGAGAGCAAGCCUGUCGCCAAGAAGCAGGGCAAGGAGGAACAGGGUGGACGGGCCGCGAAGAGGGUCAAGACCCAGUGAUAGGUCGAUGAGGUUGAUUUUCGAGCGAGGGAUGAUACGAUGGGGAAAGAGCGCGCUACUUUCCUUGCGAUACGACGUUUUAUGUCAGACUGCGAUACGAUUUGAUAUGCCGAUGGGUGACCCGAAACAUUUAGAUUCAGUGGCCGGUACGACGCGAUCCGACUUUUCGAGAUGGCCCUGUCAACAAGAAUAGAACAAUCGACGAGAGUCGCCAGUCAGUGCUGGAUGUACAAGCUGAUUGGCGGUGGUUGAUUGUGGCAGGUUCAAGAAAGGGUUUGGAACUG